CAGAACAAGGGAAUGUAGAGCGUCCAUCACGAGGUUCUUGGUGUUCAUGGCGCCGGUGGUGGCGUUUGGAUACGCGGGUUGCGGAUACUUUGUAGCGAGCGACCAACUCUUCAGUGAAGUGAUGUGGUAGAACGACUUCUUGGUCGUUUUGUCUCACUGAGUCUGCUAGCCUGAAGUUGUAGCAAGCUACCUUGUGGUUCCAAGCUGUGGAACUGGCGCUUGUUUUUUGGUUGCUGGCUCUUUGUUAUGUACUGGAGUGACCGAGAAUGAGCCAGCGUCCGGUGGCCUCAGCAAAAUGGUGUCGGCUCGGCGAGAAGGUGGCCAGCAUGAGCUCAACGCUGGUGGAGACCGUCUCCAUCAACUACGAGGACUUCAACGAGAGCUUCUUGACGUGCGGCACCUGUCUCUGCACGUACGAUGGAGCCGAGCACACGCCCAAGCUCAUGCCGUGCUCCCACACGGUGUGCCUCGAGUGUUUGGCGCGCAUCGUCGCCUCCAACACCAGGGAGCCAGGCACGCUGCGCUGUCCGAUCUGCCGGGCGCUGAUCCCGCUGCCCACGGGCGGCGCGGCGGCGCUGCCGCCCAGUUUCGUGGUCAACCAGCUGCUGGACCUGAUGUCCCGCCAGCGCCGCGAGGUCGUGCCAAAGUGUUCCACGCACCAGACAGAGGACCUUCUGUUCUGUGAGACGUGUGAUACAGUGUUCUGCGCGCUGUGCUGCGAGUCCGGCCACGGCGGCCUGACCGACUCGUGCGAGCACACGGUCGUGCCAUUCUCCAUCGCUAUCAAGCGCAUGUCCGAAAUACUCCUGUACAAGGCGAACGAGUGCAUAUCGAAGCUGAACAAAGCUCACGACGCGGUGCAGGCCGAGAUUCACGAGCUGGAGCACGGCGUGGACGCCACCUUCGAGCAGAUCAGCACCUCCUUCCAGGAGCUGAUCGACAGUCUGGAGCGGCGGCGGGCCCAGCUGCUGACGCAGGUGAAGACGACCCGCGACGAGAAGAAGAGCGUGCUGGAGGACCAGCUGCGCCUGAUCGAAGCCGAACGCUCUAAGGUGCAGAGCCAGUGUGACGGACUGCAGUACCAGGUCCAGGUCCGCAACAUUACGCGCCAGAUCAGCGAACUCAACCAGAAGCUGGACUCGGUCAGCAGCCUGAGCGAGCCGCGCGAGAACGGCUUCGUGCGGUACGAGUACCGGCACAACGACAGCCCGGCGGCGCUGCAGGCGGCGCUGGCCGCCUUCGGCCGUGUGCGCACGUCGCGCACCUUCCCCGGCCUGUGCCAGCUGGGGGAGGUGAGCGCCGCGGCGCACCUGCAGGCCAGCGUCCGCCUCACGGCGCUCGACUACCACGGCGAGCGGCAGACGGGCGGCGGCGACCCGGUGACGGCGCGCCUGUCCGACCCGGACGGCGAGGCGAUGGCCGUGCGCGUGACCGACCUGGACGACGGCACGUACCAGCUGACGUUCCGGCCGCGGCGGCCGGGGCCGCACGCGCUCGACGUUCGCCUCUUCGGCCGGCCGGUGGCGCGCUCGCCGCUGCUGUUCGACGUGUCGCAGCACAACGACCCGGUGCGCUGCGUGGGCGCGCGCGGCGACGGAGACGAGCAGUUCUGCCAGCCGGUGGGCGUGGCCGUGGCCGCCGACGGCACCGUCUACGUCACCGACACGGGCAACUCGCGCGUCAAGGUGCUGGACCACGAGCUGCGCGUCACCCAGCACAUCCUCGGCUCGGGCCUCGAGGAGCGCGGCGGCACCGGGCUGGCCGUCUCGGAGACCGGCUCGCUGGUGCUGGUCAACUGGCGCGCGCGACAGCUGACGGAGGUCACCGCCGACGGCCGCCUGCUGCACCAGUUCACGCACGAGGCUCUGCAGGCGCCGAUUGACGUGGCCGUGUCGCGCGCUGGCGAGCUGCUGGUCGCCGACAACGGGCUCGACCAGGUGCUGGUGCUGAGCCGCGACGGCCGGCUGCUGCGCCGGCUCGGCGAGCGCGGUGAGGCGCCCGGCCAGUUCCGCCAGAUCUCGGCCGUCUGCGUGGCGCCCGACGGCAGCGUGCUGGCCGCCGACUCGCGCGUGCAGGUGUUCACCGACCAGGGCCAGCUGCUGCGCGAGCUGGUGGCAGAGCCGAGCGUGCGCGGCUACUACGGCGGCGUGACCUGCGAUCACCUCGGGAAUGUUCUGGCCACCCGCACCGAGAAGUCGCGCCACUAUGUCCAGGUGUUCUCGCUGGACACGGGCAAGUUGCUGUUCUGGAUCGACUCGGACGGCAGCCGACUCCGCCGUCCGUCUGGCCUGGCCUGCUCCAACGACGGCUGCGUGUUCGUGGCCGACCUGGGCAACAACUGCCUCAAACAGUACCGCUACCUGUGACCGGCGGGCGCCGGCGCCGCACCCAUCACCGCG